AUGGAUCUGGCCCAGAUGCUUGUGCGCUCUUGCAUGCGCGCAUUCUGUGAUACAAAGCAUACUCUGGUCAUUGAUGCGCUGAUCAUUCACUCAGCUUUGCGCGAUGACGACUUGGCCUGGCUUAUGGGUAUGAAUACGAAAGAAAUUCAUAAGCUCUGCGGAAAAUUAAGGGAGGAUCGGUUUCUUACAGUUCAUACUCGUGCCGAGGUCAGAGAGGGCCAGCAGCGUCCGGUGAACAAAAUAUAUUACUUCAUCGACUACCGUGCGGCAAUCGAUGCGAUUAAAUGGCGAGUUUACAACAUCGAUAAGGACGUCCAGGGAAAUACAGUGCCAGUCCUUGAGAGAAAGGAGUGGUUUUGUUCGAGAUGUAAAUCGGAAUGGACGACGAUGGAGGUGCUAGACAAGAGAGGCCCUGGGGGGUUCUUAUGCCAUAAAUGCAGUCAUCUUCUCCAGCAGGUCGUUAACGAUAAUCGCGGAGGACACGAAAAGUCGACGAAGCUAAAUGCCCAGUUUAAGUUCAUCACGGAUUUGUUGCCCAAAAUCGAUCAAGUCGUGGUGCCAGAAAAUACAUUCGAUAAAGCUUAUGCAUCUGCCGUUAAGGUCAAUCGCCCCCAAACCCAUCUUGCGAAUGAAACAACCCCGCUGGACGCUGGCGCAACAGGACAAACAUCAGUCAAAGGAAUGGUGGAUACUGGGCCCAAGCACAUUUCGAUCACACUCACCGCGUCUGAGGGCCCAACCGAAGCCGAGGUUGCUGCUGAGCGGGCUAGAAAGGAGAAGACUGCGGCUCAGAAUGUUUUGCCUGUUCAUUUCACUCAUAGCACGAUCACGGGGGAGCAAGUCAAAUUCGAUGCAAAGUCUGGCCUGCAGUCCUCUCAGUCUCUGGAGCCCGAUAAGAAAGAUCUUGGUAUUGACAGUACAUCUGCCAAUGGCGAUAGCACUGAGAUUGACGAUUACUUUGCACGACUAAAAGCCGAGCAGGCAAAGGAGGCAGAACAGGAACAAGAUGAGGAGUAUGAAACUGAUGACGAAGAGGAAGAGGAUUUCGAGGACGUGGUUCCGAAUGGCACCGGAUCCGGUGCUGCAACCCCAGCUAGUAGUUCAUUUGGGGAAGCAAAGCCAACCUCAGCCCCAAUGGGAAGCGGCUUAGCAGGAGUGCUAAAGAAAGGUGGCAGCUUCUCUGGUAGUGGGACCAGCACAGGAGUGACCAGUCCGGUGACAGUACCCAAUACACCUAAUGAGGAUGGUAGGCCUGCGAAGAAGGUCAGGAUCGAGGAGCCAGUUGCGAAGGACGAAGAAGAGAGCGAGGAAGACUUUGAAUUUGAAGAUGUAUAA